CUUCGCUCCCGAUCCCCAAAAAAAAAAAAAAAAAAAAGGGAAAAAAAGAGGGGAAAAUUGAAGGAAUGAGAGCAUCCAAUCUCCUUCAUCAGCUGCAGAUUCCUCCCACAAAUUUAGCCAAGCGAAGCAUCAGAAGAUUCAGCAACUCUCAGAUCCCCAAAGGAUGUUUUCCUGUUGGGGAUACAGGUCGAAAAUCGGCUUCAGAAACGCAAAAAAGCCAUUCUCUUUGCAUUUGUCGACAGUUGCAGUCAUCUUCUUGUGAAAAUGCCGAAGAGGGCACCAGAAGGUCUAAUUCAGAGGAUGUUGUUUUCACACUGGAAAAAGCUUCGAAGAAACAUGAAACGGUCGGAGCAUUCCAGAAGCUCCCAAUGGUGAUGCCGGCAAUUGAUAUACUUUCUUCAGCUCAGAGAAAAGCGAGAAAUGUCCCGCCUACUAAGGGUAUUGCAAAUAUAGCCAAGCGAGAAAAAAAUAGAGGUGCGAAGCAACUUGAUGCCUUAAUGAAAGAAUUAGCUGUACCUUUGCGUACGUACAUGGAAACCUUUCCUAAUAAAAGAUAUCUACAUCCAUAUGAGCGAUCUCUCAUCGAGCUUACUUUUGGUGAGGGUAACUAUGAACAGGUGCUAGGAAGAGUUGAUGCUCUGAGGAAAAAGCUUAUAUCUGUCGGAAAGCAACAUGCGUCUCUUUGUGCUCAGUCAUCAUCGAAGCGCGAAGCAGAGGAGCGACUUAAUGAGGGUCGAAAAAGGCUCGAGGAAACCUUUAAUAUCGGAAAGAGUGCUGUUGAUGAUCUACUAACUGUUGCAAAGACGUUGCGUGCUAUGCCAGUGGUUGAUCCACGGACGCCUACGCUUUGUCUUGUCGGAGCACCGAAUGUGGGGAAAUCUUCGUUGGUUCGGAUACUCUCGUCAGGAAAGCCAGAAGUGUGCAACUACCCUUUCACAACAAGAGGAGUUUUAAUGGGUCAUAUUAUCUUGAACUAUGAGCGUUUCCAGGUUACUGAUACUCCAGGACUCCUUAGAAGACAUGAAGACGACAGGAACAACAUAGAAAGAUUAACGCUCGCCGUCCUCUCUCAUCUGCCAACUGCUGUUCUCUUCGUUCACGACCUCUCGGGAGAAUGCGGGACCUCGCCCGACGACCAGUUCGUUACCUACAAAGAAAUAAAGGAACGAUUUGGGGAUCGCCUAUGGCUCGACGUCAUUUCCAAAUGCGAUCUCUUGGGGGAUUCUUCGACCGGCAUCAUAGAGGGCGAUGAUGCGGUCGCGAGGUACAAAAUGUUCGGACCGGAUGGAUCCAUUCGUGUUUCAGUGAAGAGCGAACUUGGUGUCGAUGAGCUGAAGAGCAGAGUUCAUCAACUGCUGAUCUCCCAGAUGGCUCGGAUCCGAAGCGAGAAGGGCGAAGAACAAAGCGACGGCAUGAUCAGCAGUUCUUAAGCCUUCCGUCUUUGCCGUAUUGGUCCCUGCAAACUAAAGAAUUGCGUAUUUAUCCUUCUAAAGUUUAUAGCUCUGCAGUUAUAUUCCUCUUGAAAAUUUGGGCAUAUAUCCUGCCUCGUCAAUCGACCAGUAAAGUUCGACCAUUCUACAUGAUGAUGAAAAUUUGAGGGGGAAAAAAAAUGAAUUGCAAGAGUGAAACUGUAAUUUGUGUCGAAUGUUCGACUAAUGAGGCACAAAUUUUUAGAAUUUAAGAGGGAUGUACACGAUAAUAUAAACUUUGAAGGGGUGAAAAAAUGUAAACAUUUGCAGGGAUAUACACGCAAUUUUAGGCUCUUCUCUGCUUAGAUUUACUUGUUUCAUAGCGCAAGUGUAGUUUCUUGUUGAACUGUAACAUUGAACAGUACUGAGUGUUGGAUGCUUGAAAAUUCCUUUGAAGUAAGCUUAAAAAAAUUGAUUUCAAAUA